UGUAUUCCACAACAAAGCAAGAAGAGAUGAUGAACAAAAACUGCACAAAUGUCAUGGAUGUAAAUUCAUUGCUGUCGGGUUCUGGCCGCAAUAAAUUUGCCUGUCAGUUUACAACUAACAUGCUUGGAAACUGCUCUGGGAAAGAUGAUCCAACCUUUGGCUUCGCAUCUGGACAGCCCUGCAUUCUUAUUAAAAUGAACAGGAUUAUAAAUUUUAUGCCUGGCAACAAGACAGCGCCCUAUGUAAACUGCACAUCAAAUAGUGAAGACAUGGGACCAUUAGAAUAUUUUCCACCAGGAGGGACAUUCGGCUUACAGUACUUCCCUUACUAUGGGAAAAAAGCUCAGCCAAACUAUACCAAUCCAUUGGUAGCAGUGAAAUUCCUAAAUGUUGUAAAGAACACCGAUAUACCUGUGGUAUGUAAAAUAGUUGGACAUGGAAUUUCUACAGACAAUCCUCAUGACCCCUAUGAAGGAAAAGUGUCAUUCAGCCUUAAAAUAGAAAACUGA